AUGAUUGAGGAAGGGCUGAACCUGACGCUGGCCGGCUGGGGCGCGACGGCGAGCGGCUUAUUCAACGACCACCUCCAGAAGGGGAUCGUGCAUCCCGUGCCGGAGGAUGUCAGCUGCCCAGAGGUCGACGACUUUUUGGACCUGAACACUCAAUUCUGCGCCGGCAAGGACAGAGACGACGCCACCGUGUGUCAAGUAGGGUAUCCAGUCUAUUUUCAGGACUGAUGUAA